ACAUUGCUUCGUCGGCACUCACGGGAGCAACCCAGCUUGCUAGCAUAGUGGCCCGUAUUUUUAGGCCCGUUUCCUUUCCUAUUUUAACUCUGUAUCACCUAACUUAAGCUGCCGUUUUUUCAAUUCGUAUCCACCUGUUUUCUUCGCAACAUUCCCAUUGUCACGUGUGUGUCUCCUUUGUCCGACCGCCGAGGCGCCUGUUCGAUAGUGAUUGUUGUGCAAUUGUGUUACAGCGUCCCCGUACUACGCGCAGAGUCCCGUACGGUUGUGUGCUUUUAACCCUUCCAGUGCGACCAUUGUAAUUUCGUUCGUAGUUAGAUAGGUUAAGCCCUUGAUUUUAACCAUUUACCGUUAGCGUAUCGUGCGUCCUUUGGUUUGGACGUCUGUGUGCAGGAACCAAAUAAGUUGAAAGUUUAGUUUAGUAUCGUUUGUUGCGUGUUAGUGCAAGUCUUCCGAGACUUCUGAGCGUACGUGUGAAAGUAGGUUGUGCUGUGCGUGCGUUUAUUGUAAAGUUAUUUAUUGAACUAGAGUAGCUAGGUACGAUUUAACGUUUGCCGUUUUUUUUGAAGAGAAGAACAAGCUACUCUUGUAACAAUUUUGUGUCAUCUUGCUAAAGUGGUGCUCAACUCGUAAUUUGUGACCAUGAAUAACGGUACCGCCAACGCGUACUACGAUAUGCGAUCCUUUCCCGAUCUGGUGGUAAGCUUGGCUGCUUGGGAAAACACCAAGAUGCCCAACACGCGACAGUCCUACAAUGGGCAGGGUGGUUAUAAUACGAAGCUUUCUAAUUAUUAUCAGCAAUCUGCACCAUUUGUACCGCAAAUGUAUGGCAAUAAUCUUCAGAAGCAGCGCUAUGCACCGUACGCAAGCCGCAACUACGGCGGAGGUGUCAACGCUAACAACACCCUUAGCAACUACGGCGGUGCUACGAAUCAAAGCAACCUACCGCAGCCGCUUCUACCUCCAGCACAACAAAGCCAGCAACCACAGUCACAUUUGUCGUCCGCGUUUCAAUCCGCUAGCACCUGCUUCAGCCAGGUGCCGGUGCCGAUUAAUAAGUCGUUGAACUCGUCGCUGAACAGUAGCAGCUAUUCCGAUUCCGGUAAGAACUCCACCUUCUUCAGCAGUAAUCAGAGCGGGUGCAGCAGCCCACAUCAGAGCAACUACUCGAACGACAGUGGCAGCAUGGUCAGCACCGGUAGCAGCAGUACGAUUAACACGAGCAGUGGCCUGGGAACUUGCUCCAGUACAUCCAGCUCCUCGGUGUCGCCGGUGCCACAAGUACCACCACCGCCACCACAACCACCAUCAUCAUCAUCGCAGCCACUGUCUGCAGCACUGCUGAGUGCGAGUGUGGAUGCGUCCGAUCAGAAGGAGAUGGUAGUGCUUCAGAUUAGCAAUCUGGAUUCGUCCAUCGAGGAGCACAAGAUGCACCAGUUCUUGAUGUGUCAGCUGAAACCCAUCACUCCCGUUAUUUCGCUGACGAUUGAAAGUCCUUCGCUGGCGAAGGUUAAAGUACCCACGGCACAGUGUGCCAAACAAGUGGUUGCCAAUCUGCAUCGUAAGAAGAUUGGCCACAAGCGUAUGGUGGUUUCGUACAUCAAGGAUCCUACUUCGGCGGAAUCGUCCGCCCUGCGUUGCCAGGUGGCCGGUUUACUGAAGGAUGUCCCGUUUUGUAGCCUGCCCAUCAACCGUUUCCGUGAGCUGUUUCAAUCACGCUUCAAGUCUUCCAUUAGUGUGCUCGACCUGUACCGCAUGCAGGAUGUGUGCGUGAUAGCGCUCGAUAAGAACGAAGAGAAGCACAUCUCGCUCCAACCGGUGUUGAUCGAUACGCUGAAGAACAGUUCGCUCGUGGAGACGUCGCAGCACAGUGUCCCGUACUGUAUGUAUCACUUUAAGCAGGAGAAGGAAAAGGGCUGGGCUGAACAGGAGGUCGAACCGUUGCCAAACGUUAUGAUGACCAUUAAUCAGCUGCAGUCGCUUGUGUAUUCGCUGCUCAAGUCUCACAAGAACGACAUACCUGUGGCAAGUAUUCUGUACUGCAUCGAGCAUGAGUUGCAGGUAAAGAUUGUGCCCAACGAUAAUGGUGUGCCGAUGGAGCAUUUGCUGUGUUGCAUCCGGGGAGUACAAAUAGCGAACAAUAGUUUCGGCAUUAAAGUGCUGUCCUGGAUGGAUCACGAACAGAACUCGACCAAGGAUAACGAUGAUGCUUGGUCCGUAAAUUUGCGUUACAUGCCGAAAAGUCCAUCCAAUGAGUUCCUUCAACAGAUCUCACGCGAGGUCGUUGAGCUGAUCAAGAUGUCACCUAAAUCCACGAUGAAGUUUACACGUUUCAUUCCCGCCUAUCAUAACCACUUUGGGAAACAAUGUCGGGUAGCGGACUAUGGAUACACGAGACUGAUCGAACUGUUUGAGGCUCUCUCACCAGUCGUGCAAGUAAUGGGAGAUGGUGAAAACCGUCACAUUACCCUAACCCAUCGCACACAGAUACGCCGGUUCACGAACGAUCUGCUAAAGAUCUUGCGCAACCGAGCCAACAAGUCGAUACUGCUGUCCCAGCUGCCAAUGGUAUUCAUGCAUGCUCAAAAUCGGCCCUUCGACGUGACCGACUACGGUGUGUGCAAUCUGUACGACAUUGUGGAUGGGUUGGUGUACAGCAAUUCCAUCACGACAAAGGUACACAACGACAACGAUGUGAUGAUUUCGAUCGUCAAACGCAAACAGACUCUACCCGAGCUGGACAAGACAAGUGUAUUUGCCGGUGAAGUGGUGGAGCUGUUCCGGAAAGCGCCUCAGUUCUCGAUACUGUUUAAGAAGUUUGUUCGAUCGUACCACUAUCAUUUUGGGUAUCAGUGUCGUCUGAGCGAUUAUGGACUGUUGAAGCUAGCGGAUCUGCUUGAAGCAAUAAGCGGAAUUGUUGAGAUGGAGCAAACCAACGAUGAGGAUCGUAAGAUUUAUCUCAACUAUCAGGUUGCGCUACGUAUCUUCGCGGAGCAGGUCCAGGAGAUCAUCAAGACAUGCACUGGUAAACCGUGCACUGUCGUGCGGCUGUCGGCUAUUCUGAACAUUCACAAGAGUCAAUACGGCUAUCAGCUUCAACCGGGCUGCCUAGGAUUCAGCAAUAUGUACGACGCUAUAAAAGCUCUACCGUACACCGAAGUAUUUGAGUCUGGCGGUGAGUACAUGGUAGUAUCGCAUCUCGAAGAUCCUGCCUUUCGCAUGCGAACGUACGCCGUUUGUAUGGUGCUGACGGAGACACGCAAAGAUCGCAUUUCCCUCUCGGAGCUGGUGCGUAGCUAUCAUUUACGAUUCAAGGAGUUCCUGAACGAAAAGAAUAUUUGCAAUAUGAAACAUGCGCUGACCAUUGAAAUGGAUAAGGGCUUGCAAACGGUGUCACUGACGGCGUUGAUGAAUUUUGUCAUGCGAAUGGUGCAAGUGGUCAAACAACGACCGUCUAUCAACGUGUACGAUCUAAAACUGGCCAUGAAUGUGUCGUUAGGAACGUGCUUUGAAUUUGGAUUUCCCAAUCUGGUGUCUGUACUGAACGCUUUUUCGGACGUGUUUGUGGCUAGCAAUACUACUUUCAUCGGGGAAAAAAGUGAUAUUGAAUUAAAUCGUGACUGUAUUUUAUCUAAAUCAUUGAAUACAUUAGAAGAAAGCUCUUUCAUGAUGUAUGCAUCACAGGCUAACCUAGCUCAAAAUAACAAAAAUGUAGCCAAUGAUACUCGCUAUCCAGCUGCUCCCAUACCUUCUGGAGGUUGUUAUCCUAAAGAUCCGGCACCAUUCCGUAACAUGGUCAACACACAGUACCAGCAGCAGCGCCAUUCGGGGGGCAAUGAUUAUGCAAAUCCUUUGUUUAAAGUUCCGCAACAACCACCUGCUCCACAACCGUUGCAAGCUAUACAGCAACAUUCGAUGCAAUACAACCAACAGCAGCAAGGACCACCGAAUUCUUACUACGCAAACAAUCGCAUGCAACAGAACACGCUUCAGCACAAUAAUUACGGCAAUGGCAAUAAUCCAUCAAUGCUUUCAACAAUGGCACACGGACCAUUGAUGGGACAGCAUUCCAACGAAUUUGGCAUUCAAUUUGAUAAGGAAAACAUCCACCCGCUACCGAACGGUUAUGGUAUUCAGGGGCUAAUGGGCACGAAUAGCAAUAGUAACAAGUUUUCAUCAGCCUUUCCACAAGAUCAGCAGACAAAUGUGUUCCAGUCGCUUAAAAUGCCUGCUACCAAAGGACUAACAGAUCAAUUGGCCAUGCAUAAUCCACGAGUGCAAUGUCAAGAUAAUUGGAAGAAGAAGGGUGAACAUUUAACCGAUUUGUCGCUAUCCCGCAAAUCUAUGAUGGAUGUGGUUUCCGCGUACUGGGAGCCACCAAAACCCGAUACUCCGACAGAAAUGAAUCUUCCAUUCUGGCUGGAUCCUGUCUGGAGUGAUUCUCUACAAAACCUGGACAACAUUUCCAUGCGCUCGGAUGCCAGCAAGAUGCUUAACAUUCCUAUUCCGGAGCUGAAAACAAUCAACAAUCUACCGCCCCUGGAUACGCCACUCGCAAUGCUGUCGGAGAAACUAUCGUCAUUUUCUUUUGAUCAAGAUAAGUAGUGAUCAUGUCCCUUUCAUCCUGACAGGCAGUCGAUUGAGUCGACCACAAGCUGUCGGUGACGGUCAGGCACUCGCGCGAGACCCUCACAAACGCGGGCGAUAUCCUUUUCUUGGAGAUUGAUCGACUGCUUUCCCUUUCGGUCAUGGGUUAAAGCUUCACCCCGGCCCGGCAAGGAUCAUAAUCCUGUUUGCCAUUGGAAGGAUUUCCGAGGAGAUCGAUUUUCCGAAAGGGAUAUAUUUCACUGGAAGUUGAAUUGUUCGUGGAAACGAUAGUAUAGCAUCAACGAGGUAAUUCCUACGAUGCUGCAUCAGCCCUAUUACGCUUAAGUAUCAUAAAGUACCUUUCAGGCCCUGUGUGAAGGACUCGAUAUUAUUUAAGUUUAAAUUGAUCGUAACGUUAAAUUUAUUCAUCGCCUAGGGAGAAAAGAGACAGUGGGCCAAUUAAGCGAACCUGAUUCACAUUACUCAGAUCGGGAGCGGUGCAAGCACCAAAGAAAGCUCACCAAAACUCGUACAAUUUCUAGUAUUUGUGACUAUUGGAGAAGAAACUGGAGGGAUGUUACGAAGUCCGAAGGAGUGCGACAUUGUACCACAACAAACCAUUGUAAUGCAUAACCCUUGUACAAUGGAACAAUCUUGAUUCCGGAUCGCUUUUCUGGUCAAAAGCGAGCAACAGUGCUGGAGAGCCAAGAUUAGCCAAGUAAAUCAAACAAACAAUGUCCCCUUAUCGGUAACGGCAGGAGUGAGCAGCAGCAAAUGAGCCGCGAAACAACAGGAACGAAUUUACAUUCGUGAAAAACACACAGCAAGAAAAGUGCGCAAGUGAAGCUCCCGUGUGCCCGAUGCCGUCGAGGCUUUUAGCAAUUAUCAUAGCUUUAUGUGAAACAAUUUUAACCGUCAUAAUUAAUAAUUUAUUAUUCGGCCAUAAAGAGAAAGGUGUGAUUGUUACCCGUUAGCGAGUGUUUCUGCAUGUUAUCGAUUUUAUCGACGCAUUGUUUCUGUUAUUAAAAGAUUUUAAUCGUUGAGCUGGGGUUGUGCAAUAGCUCGCUAGUUUGUAAGCAAAAGGUGAGGAUAAUUUUUAGUUAAAAAAAGGCUAGGCCAUAUCCAAUGGCAGGUUCGUUCGCCAAUUGUAUUGAUUGCAUGCAUAAACGUUAUUUUGUAGAUUUAAUCGAUUGCUGCGCGAGUGCCAUGUUUAUGAACAAUCAGUUGUCCUUACAAAACACGUCAUGUUUGCUUGUGCGAGGCCUUCAAACCUAAGCUAGUAUUAAGUUCCACCGUUGUUAAUGUACUUAAUAAAUUUUCUGUUCUUCUGUAA